AUGACCCAAGAGAGUAAUGAAAAUGGGAAUGUGAACAUUGAGCCGGCUGCUAAAAGAGCUCGUACAGAUGACACAGAAAAGGGUUACGCUCCAAUCAAGCCAGAGUUUAUUAUCGAUGGUGUGAAGGUUGAGGAAACCUACGACGAUGAAGCAGCUGAAGGAGGUGACAGAGGAGCUCAGCCGGAAAGCUCAAAACGAUCGAAGAAGAACAGAGGCCAGAACAAGAAAAGGGAUCUCAAGCAACAGAAAGAAGAGGUGAGGUUAUGCUCGAGUAUCCUCGAUCCUUCAGACCCUAAGGAAUGUAAGUUCGGUGCUGACAAAUGUAAGAACACUCACGAUGUUGAUUUCUACCUACUGACAAAGCCAGCGGACAUUGAAGGCACUUGCCCGGUAUUCUUGGCUUUAGGGUACUGUCCAACUGGUUUGAAGUGUAGGUGGUUGGGCAGCCACUACGACAAGGAGACCAAGACCCUUAUCAAAGCAGAGACCGAUCUCUCGAGUCAAAACUACGAAAUCAAUAAAAUUUCCCCUGAGCACCGCAUGGACCUUCAAAAGCAUCGCUACGUGUUUGAAAAGGCCGGUCCUUAUAAUAAAUACCUUGACUCGUUGGUCAAGAACGAUGAGAAUAUCGCCAAACAGCGGGAAGAUGCCAAGGAGAAUGCUGCAACAUACACUGAGCCUCCAUUCAAACCUGCUGAGAAGAAAAGACUUAAUCUCCAUAGAGCAAAGAUUGUGUCGCCUCUUACCACUGUGGGUAAUUUGCCUUACCGUCGUUUAAUGAAGACGCUUGGUGCCGAUGUAACGUACAGUGAGAUGGCACUUUCCCUUCCGUUGCUUCAAGGCACAAAGCCAGAAUGGGCGUUACCAAAAGCUCAUGUCUCAGAGUACCCAGGUUUCGGCGUUCAGUUGGCUGCCAAUCAUCAUCAACAAGCCUCCAAAGCUGCUGAGGCCAUUUACAGAGAGGCACCCAAUGUUUCCGAACUCAACUUGAACUGCGGCUGUCCCAUCGAUUUGCUAUACCGUCAAGGGCAAGGUUCGGCUUUGUUGGAUCAGCCUUCGAAACUUGUUCGUAUAUUGAACGGUAUGAGCGCUUGUUCGGGUGACAUUCCCGUGACAUUCAAAAUCAGAACCGGAACGAAGGAUCACAAAAACACAGCACAAUCAUUGGUUAAAAGAGUGUUAACUGAGACUGAUGUAGCAGCAGUAACGCUUCAUGGCCGCUCUAGACAGCAAAGAUACACCAGAGAGGCCGACUGGAGCUACAUUGGGGAAGUUGCUCAAACAGUCAAGCAGAUCAAUGAGGAGAAACAAGAGAACAAGGACCUAACCGAUACCCAGCCAAUUUGGUUUAUUGGCAACGGCGACUGCUUCACCCAUGAGCAGUGGUAUGAUGCUGUCAAUACUGAAGGUAUUGACUCGGUUAUGGUAGCAAGAGGAGCACUUAUCAAACCAUGGAUCUUUGAGGAAAUUGAAGCUCAGCAAUACCUCGACAAGUCUGCUUCUGAACGUCUUGAAUAUUUACGCACAUUCGCUAACUUUGCCGUUGAGCACUGGGGCUCAGACGAGUAUGGUAUUGAGGUGGCAAGGAGAUUCCUUUGUGAGUUCAUUGGAUUCACGCAUAGAUAUAUCCCGGUUGGCAUACUAGAGAAGUUUCCUCCCAAAUUGAAUCAAAGGCCACCGAAAUGGCGUGGCAGAAACGAGUUGGAAACGCUUCUUGGAUCUACAGACUACAGGGACUGGAUUAAAAUCACAGAGAUGUUUCUCGGAAAAGCAUCACCUAAUUUCCAGUUCGUACCUAAACACAAGAGUAACUCUUAUUAA